AAAAGAGCACACUUUUCAAACUGAGAAAUGUGAGUAGUUCGAUUCGUCCCUCACCUAGAGGUGAUGAUAAUAUGACUUUACUAAAAUGAUCACCAACGCUGAUUAGCUAUUAUUGAUGGCUACGGUUUUUUUUUGCCACUUUACCGAAUGUUUCCGAGUUGAACUUAAAUUGAUCUACUUCUGCAAUGGUUUUUUUCUCAUGUACUACAUAGUUAAUCAUAUCAUCUAGAGAACGUAGACACUCUCUUGUGAAGCUAAUUUAAUCACUUUCAGGAUAUGACCUCAGGGAAUUUACAGAAGAAGGUCACAUCUGAUGAAUAUGUUCCCAGUGCACCUCCAAUUUGCAGUCCUGCUGCAGAAAUCAAAGAAGUUGAUGGACGGAUCCCUGCCUCUAGAGCAGCUAAUAUGCAAUCUAUGGCAGAAGAUAUUGGUCUCUCAACUAAGGACGACUGUUGCUGAAAGUGGCGGGCGUCAGGUUCUUUUCCGGCUCGCCUUCCAACUUUUCAUGCCAAGUGCGUUGGGCCCGUGGCAUCGCGUGCUCCCGUAUGAUGCGCGUGUUCGGCUUUGCCUACAUGCUUGGGCUAGGGGCUGCGUAGAAGCUUCAAUGUUUGAAAAGUGAAUGUGUUCUCUUAAGGAAUUCAUUUAGGUCAGUUUUUUCUCCUGUUCCAUGAUAUUGAGCCGUUGUUGUGAUCUUUUUUGACUUUAGUGUCAUUUUGAGAGGAAAUCUAUGACAAACACCGAGUCUAUAACAAACAUUGAUAUCACUUGUAGCAUCCUAUCAUUUUCUUAUAUUUAGUCUUGCAGAGAUGAUAGUUUUAGCUUUUUCUUGCUCCAUCUCGCUGUGUUACAAUUAUUCUUAUUCUACAUGCAAAGAAGCUUUCUGGAGUCUUAUUUACCUCUCAAGGAACCAGCUGGGUAAUUUAUAAAUGCUUUGUUGAUCACAUUUUAGAAAAAUAGAACUUGAAUUCUUGGGUAUGUUGUUGUUGUUGAAUGUUCAGACACUCUAUUUGUCUAACUUCUGUUUUAUCCCAAUUUUGUUUUAAACAAUGUUUGAACGUCUUUGUCGCUUGUCAACAACGUGUGAUAUUUUUCUUUGAUCAGAUUCGUGUCUCUUAAUCUGUCAUAUCUGUGUUUUUCAUUAAUUUCCGAAUUUUGAUUGUUAAUUAGUUUUUUAAGUUAUUUUCUUGAUUGAAGGUCACUAAUUCUUGAAGCCUUCUAUUAUAAUACUAUCUGUAUUUUCAUUUAUUU